AUGACGGAAAUCGCAGUACUCUUCUUGGCAGCCUCAGUUCUGGCUGAGCCUGAACCGAGCAAAGUUGUCCAGAAGCGAAGUGGCCUAGUAGGUCACUACGGAGUCAGUGCUCCACUCAUUGGCCAUGGAGUGGCUUUGGGCCAUGGUCACUUUGGAUAUGCGGGUCAUCUGGGCGGUGGGCCUAUUGGACCUAUUGCUGCUGGGUAUGCUGCAGGCCCAUUGGUUGGAGGUCCUAUUGGAGGAGCUAUAGUGGGAGCUGAUGUCCAUACGACUGUUACGAAGCAUGUUGGAGUGCCUGUGCCUGCUCCCUACCCUGUACCCGUGGACAGGCCUUACCCUGUUGCUGUUAAGGUUGCAGUCCCAGUACCAGUAGACCGUCCUUACGCCGUCCCCGUCCCCAAGCCGUACCCAGUGACAGUGGAGAAGCACGUCGCCGUCCCGGUCGACCGUCCCGUGCCCGUCCCUGUGCCGCACGCCGUGCCCUACCCCGUCAUUAAACAAGUCGGAGUCCCAGUGCCCCAACCCUACCCAGUUGCCGUUCCCAAGCCCGUCGCCGUUCCUGUCCCCGCCCCAGUAGCGGUUCCCAUAGUAAAGUCUUACGCUAGUGCCCCCAUCAUCCAUGACUUCCACGGCCAUGGUCUAGCUCACGGACACUCGCUGCACUCCAAAUACGGAUGGUAAACUGUCAUGAAACGUCACUCAUUCAAUGACAGAUUCCAAAUUCAAAAUUCGACCGUUGAAAACCGUUUUGUUCUUUUUAAGUUCGAAGGAGUUUACAACACGUUUCUCUAUGAUUGUGUUGCAUAGCCCUCGAUGUAGGUUUUAUAUGAUAAAAAAAUUAAUAGGGUUUUCUCGUUUUAAUCUGUCAUGUAUAAGUGAUGAAAUCCAGUAGAUGAAAUGUUUAUGUAAAGGCAUUUUCAUAUGGGAUUCUUGUGCGUAGUCAGAACGAUAUUAUGUGAUGUAGAUAAGUGUAGAUUUAGGUGUGAGUGUAUGAUAUAAUAGGACUUUUAUCCGUAUUGGAACUGUGUCAUUUUGUCCUAAACGUGUAUGGUCGCUGUUGAGAAAGUUUAAGGAUGGCUGAAAUGUCCAAUAAUACCAUCUUGUGGAUGAUAAAUGACGUCACAAUUCAUAUACGGAUACAAGUCCAGGUUUUGUGAGAGAAGUUUAGGGAUAAAGUGCAAUCACAACGAAGCCUGCCGCCAUUUUGAAUGGAAGUAUUUCCAAAGUAGGUUAUCCGUGAGACCGCCAUAUUAAAAACGAAAAACUUUUUGUUUUUAUACUUUUUUUACAACUUGGUUGGGCGAAGGAGCUGAGAAAUUUUGUAUAACCUACUUCUGAUAUACUUUGGUAUAUUAUUUUUGUAUAUGAAAAAUUGCCAUAAUAAUAUUUAUUAAUGUAUAUUAAAUGAAAGUAGAGCACAUCCAUGACAGUAGAUUUAAACCAUUAAUUUUCAAAUCAUCUGAAGAUAUUUUUAUUUAUGUAUGUAUGAAAUCUAUGUAAAUAUCAUUUGAUUUGUCUGACAUUUUGUAUGUAUGUAGUUGAAUGUAUUAUUUUGAUGUUUUUUAUGCCAAUGUUUGGUUCAUGUUUUCACAUGAUCUCUGAUGAAAAAGUAAAGCUAAAGGCUUCGAGAGUUAGUACCUGGUAAAGCACUGUUGUAUAUAGACUUUUUUCUAUUUUUCUAGCUUUAAUGAUGAAGAAUACGAGUUUAUUUCGACCGCAGUCGACUAAAAACUAUUUAAUGUACGGCCUUUUUGUAAUAAAAUGUAUAUCAAAUA